UUAGUUAGAAAAAAUUGGAAAGAAUUAGAAAAAGAAAAAAGAUGGGAAGGAGUCAAGGAGGGGGUUACUUUUGAAUGAGUUGGAAGUCAUUCAAAAGAAGGCAUCAGUGUCUGUUGGUAAAAUUACCCGAUCCAAUUCCAAACAAUAGCUGAAUCUUCAGAGCUCUUUGUAACAGUUGAAAACUCGAGGAAGAAGUUACGGCCAUGGAUGAGCUUGAAUUCCGGCGCCAAAUUGAGCUCUUCCCGGUCGUCAGAUCUCGCGAUUUUCACGCAAGCCAACCACUCGAUGAAAAGAAUGGAGAGGAUGGAACAGAUGCAUUGACGGAUACAGCUGCAUUUUGGGACAAAUUGAAGAUGGUUACAGAACAAAAGGUCGGCACUGAAGAAGCAGAAAAGUUUUGCCAGGCAUUUCAACAAAUUUACAGGAAACUUGUGUAUGAAGAACUGAGUUCAGAAGUUGCUCGUACUUGUCUGAACUCUUGAUUGAUUUUAGAUACGAGUACUAUGUUUCUUCCUUCUCGGAGUUGAGAAAUUCCAAAACUGUCACUUUGCGUGCUCGUUUAUCCAUUUCCAAAAAAAACACUUGUGAUUUAAUUGUCAUAGAUUUGUCUUAUGCAUCAUAAGUAAGCGUUUACUGCUAUAUCAUUUUGAUGAGUUAUAACAUGUAGUUGGGAUAAUGAGCCCCCCCUUUUAACAACCAAUGUCUGUAUUGAUGGUUUUCGUUCUUUUUUUGUUUUCCCCUAUCACAUUAGAGCUGUGAUUUAAGGCUUCUACUUCAUAUGA